AUGGAUCAACCUGUCACUACAAACAACGUCACGCUAUCAACUCAUUCAACACGAAACGACAAGACCCGUUCAAUCGAUGACCUGCCCGCGGAUGUCCUGAUCGCGAUCUUCAAGAUCGUGCACUCGAUGUCACUGCGAUAUCCUUCUGCAAUAGAUGGUGCCAACAAUGAGAUAUUUUGGCAAGAUGAGGAUCUGUCCUCGCUCACCUGGUUCCCAGAGGCUCUUGCAGCCGUGUGUCCGUCGUGGAAGGACACUCUGUCUCUCGUCUCCGUGUUCUGGACUCGCCUGAUCAUUUUCGUCGAUGACCACCCCACACCAUCGCCUGCAAUCAGUGACCAUCUUGCCCUCUCCGCUGACAAUCACCUCGAAAUCGUGAUCACUCGCAGGCCAGGUGCAUUUCCGAGCGCAGAUCCGUGCGAGAAAUCACGAGUCUCAGCGGUGAUGGAUGUUCUCACUCCUAAUAUAUCGCGCUGGAAGCGCCUUUUCGUGAAUGUCCUGCAUCACCAUUCGAUCCCCAGACCUCAUAUUGACAUAUAUGGUGAAGCCCGUCACCUACGUCAUAUCUGCCUUCAGUCAAGAUUGCAGGACGCGUUGCACAUCACCUACUACUAUCCUAAGGUAGAGCAAGACGAGUCAAAUGACGGGUAUCACACGUACAUCGUCGAGCAGGCAUUUAGGAGAACAAGCCAGCUUCAGCAUUACGAUACCGCGACUCGCCGUCAGGUCAGCCUCGAUCUCCAUGCACCACAGCUGGCCAAAUUGCACGUCGACGGGCUAACAUUCUGCACAACCUAUCUCUCCACUCCGAGGACAAUUGCCCGCGUCAGGGAAUUGACAAUAUCGCACUACGGCUCAACAUAUCGCAAUCAAUUCAAAGUCGACCAGCUCAUACGGUGCCUGCAGGCAUUGCCGUACCUCCAGCACCUAAUGCUGGUCGACGUCGAGAUUGGGCCCUCAAACGGAAACAUGUUUCCUGCAGGCGACUGCACCAUGGCACGAUGCACACUCGAAGACCUCUCUUCGAGGACACUACUCGAAUUACGCCCGCUGCUUAUAUCUCCAUCCAUCACGAAGCUCAAUUUUAGGCGAUGUGCUGCACCUCCGUGGCGCGGUGGUCCCCUCGUAUAG